AUGGCGAUGUACGACGGAGGCUUCGUCGAAGCCGAGGUGUCUGCGUUCGACGCCCUCGGCUACGGCGGGGGCGUCGACGCGGCCGCGCUGUUCGACUUCGGGGGCUACGCCUACGUCCCCGCCCACGAAGAGCCGGCCGGCACCGCGAGCGCCUGCGUGCAGGACAGCGCGAGCUGGGCGGGCGCGGGGCGGUCCGUGCUCACGUUCGACCGGGCCGCCCGUGGCCACGGCGCGCAGGCGGUGGCGUCGGUGGUUGCGGACGACGAAGCCGACUACGACGCGUGGAUCGACGCCACGGACGAGGACCACCAGGCGGCCCCUGCGGCAUCGACAAUAGGCUUCGACCCGGCCUCGGGCUGCUUCAGCCUCACGCAGAGGUCCGGCGGCGCGCGCCGGCCGUUCGGGCUCCUGUUCCCUGGCACGUCCAGCGGCACGGGCUCGCCGGACACUGCUGCGCCGGCGCGUAUCUCCCAAAAACGGGUCAACGUGGUGCCCAUGCAGGGCGCGGAGCCGCGGGCCGCCAAGAGGCAGUGCGGCGCGAGUAGGAAGACGAGCAAGCUGAAGUCGCCAACGCCCACCACCACCACUCCCCCCAAGGAACCGCAAAGCCACGCCGCAAAGAAUCGCCGGGAGAAGAUCAGCGAGCGACUCCGGACGCUGCAGGAGCUGGUGCCCAACGGCACCAAGGUGGACAUGGUCACCAUGCUUGAGAAGGCCAUCAACUACGUCAAGUUUCUGCAGCUUCAAGUCAAGGUGCUCGCGACGGACGAGUUCUGGCCGGUGCAAGGGGCCAUGGCGCCGGAGAUCUCCCAAGUGAAGGAGGCGCUCAAUGCCAUGUUGUCGUCGACACCGCCCUCGGAGGGCCGAAUGAACUGA